UCUGAAUGAUUAUUGCAUUGAAAUUAUAUAAUCUAAUGUAUUAUCAAUGAGAAAAUAAACAAACAAAUAAAAAAUGUUUGCCAAACAACCAAUACCAUCAACAACAAUAUUUCAAACAACAACAUUAUUAUUGUUGUUAGUGCAAUUGAAUUUUGACUAUAUAGAAUCUAUUGAUUGUUUUCGAUGUACAUCAUUUGGUGGUGUUAAUCAAUGGUGUGAAGAUCCAUUUCAUAAUAAUUAUUCAUCAACUAUUUUACAAUCACCUUGUUGGACUGGUAGAAAAGGACGUGAUGGACUUUAUCCGGCUACAGCUUGUAUUAAACUAAGUGGUCGUUUUGAGGAUAAUGGAGAAACAAUGAUUGUUCGAGAUUGUGCAUUAGAUUCAGGUUCAUUGACAACAGAUACUGAACUUGUUCGAAUGUCACAUUGUGGUGGAUUCUAUUUCGACAAUCGUUACGUCAAAGGAUGUGUUCAAUCAUGUUCCGAGAAUGCCUGCAAUUAUGCCAGCAGUUUAUCCAGACAAAUCAUCAUGUAUACCAUGUUUUUAUCAAUCAUUAUUUUCAAAAUAUAAUGUUAAAUUUUUUCAAACCAAACCAAAAAAAAAUUGAAUUAAUCAAAAAAUUUUUU